AUGGCGCCGGGUCCGCGGUUGGUUUUGUGUGAGGAGACGGUGCGGGAGCGCAGUGGCUUCGGUCCCCACCGCGACCUGGCUGAGCUUCAGUCGUUAUCUGUUCCUGGAACCUACCAAGAGAAGAUAACUCACUUAGGGAAUUCUCUGAUGCAUUUGACAGGUCUGAAAUCCUUAGACCUCUCAAGAAACUCAUUGGUUAGUCUUGAGGGCAUUCAGUACCUGAUCUCUCUAGAGAGCCUCAAUCUCUAUUACAACUGUAUUUCCUCGCUAGCAGAGGUAUUCCGGCUCCACUCCUUAACUGAACUCCAGGAGGUGGACUUCCGGCUGAAUCCUGUCGUGAAAAAUGAGUCUGACUACCGCCUGUUUGUUGUGCAUAUGCUCCCCAAGCUCCGGCAGCUGGAUGACCGUCCAGUGAGAGAGAGUGAACGGAAGGCUUCACAGUUGCAUUUUGCACCAGAGGACUUACCCCACUCAAAGGAAAGCUUUUCAGCUACUUUGACAAUUGGAAGACCACACCACUCCAGAGCCCGGUGCACUGAUGCUUUGGCCAAGAAGUGUCUGGUCAUGGAUGAAGAUGAUGAAGCCGUCCUGAACCUCAUUGCUGAGUGUGAGUGGGACCUGAGCAAUCCCCCUGGGAGCACAAGCACCAGCCAGAAGGAACUUGAGGCUGACCUGCAGCGUCCCCAAGAGUCCAGACAUGUGUUCAGUCCUCCAUCCAUCCAGCAUCAGUGUGGGGACUCGGUGAGGAGGGGCCAUGAGAAGAAGAAAGGGAGCUUCAGAGGGUGUUGCCCAGGACAGCCACCACAAGAUGAGUACUGUGGGGAGCUCCCCCCACAGCAUGGACAUGGGCUGCACAUCUGCUUCAUCCCACGCCCAGAUUCCAUGGAUGGAGAGGACUCUGCCUCAUCUUCUCAGAUGCCAAGUUUGUCAUCACAGAAAGUGCUAAGUCCUCUGCCUGUUUGUGAAAAAUACAGGAAGCGCAGGAUGCCUGGUGGAAGGUUCCAGGUGCUCUCAGAUCGAGAGUGUCUGAACAGCCUGGACAGGCCUGAUGGGCCCACCAGCUUGGAGGAAAGUCUCAGCAGACAGGACAGCUCAGAAGUCCGGGUGGCCUUUUCCCACUCUGAGGCUAUAGCAACUGAAGAGCAGACAUCUCAUGGUCCUAGUGAUGCCAGAGUGCUGUCUCCCAGACCACGCUCAGCAGCUAUGCCUGCACGGAGGGCUGCCCUGGAGACAGCACUCUUAGGGUCACUGCUUGAUCUAGUGGACAGAUGCUGGAGUGGCAGUGGAUCCCUGCAGAGCAACGAGACGUUCCUCGCCCAGGCAAAGCACAUUCUGUCAUCUGUUCCAGAGUUUGCAGCAGCUCAGGACAGUGUAUCACUUGGGUCUGAAGGAAUAAGCUAUCUGGCCCUUGAAAAUAAGUCACUGCAAAGCCGCCUUGCCGAGCAGCAGCAGCAGUGCACCACGAUGAUGAGUGAAGUGACAGCAGAACUCAGCAAGGCACGAAAAGAGAUGGAUACCCUGAGACAACAUUUAGACAAAUCUUUGGAGGAAAAUAGUAGCUUAAAAUCUCUUCUGUUCAGUAUGAAAAAAGAAGUAAAAAAUGCAGAUACUUCAACUGCGUUACAUUUGCAGAUCACUGCACUUGAAACAAGUGUGAAGCAACUCUCUGGUGAGGUUGUAGAGCUGAAGCAGCAUCUAGAACACUAUGAUAGGAUCCAGGAGCUCACCCAGAUGCUGCAGGAGAGCCACAGCUCUCUGGUCAGCACCAACGAGCACCUCCUGCAGGAACUGAGUCACGCCCGGGCACAGCACAGGGAAGAGAUGGAACAGAUGCACUGGAGCUUCCAGGAGUUCAAGAAGACCACAGCCCUGUUCCCCACCCACAGUGCUCAUCCUGGUGGCCACCAGUCCUGCUGAUGCCUGCCCAGACCCCCGCCGUCCUCCUUCUGUUACAGUCCCAGGCUUGUACCUGUGAGUUUCUCUCUCCAAAUGUGCUGGAGAGACUUGUCUCUUCCCUUGUAACCGCCUUGUGACUUUCAGAUGCCUUCGGGCCCUGCAGCUGAGCACCCUAACUCACCCGGAAGUGGCACUGCCACAGGGUCGCCACACACCCGACAUGAAGUAUGGGGGCGGGGGGGGGGCCUUCUGUUCGUAAUGUGAAUCUUACUACAUAAGAUAAGUAAAAUACUUUCAGUGUAACAAGCAACCCUAAUUUAAUGGGCUAAUAGGUUGUCACUAAAGGUUAAUUUUAUAAGUGGUUCUUUAUAAGUUAUAACUGACUUUCUUAUUGAAUUCCAUUAUGAAACAACCUAUAAACCAUGGUAGGUGAGCAGUAAUUAAAAAGUGAUAAAGCUGAAUAGGAAUGGAACACAUUUUAGAAGUUUGAACUGUGAUGUUAACACUUCAUAGUAAAAUUAUCUCGAUUUCAUGCCUUACCCUUUAGCUUACAGUUUUUCUGAAAAUUAUGUAAUAAUAGGCAUAAAACUUUGGAAAUUCACUUCAUAUAUAUCCCUAUGAGUGGUAAAACGAAGUAAUUU